AUGCUCCACUACCCUUCUUCCUAUAACCACUACACUUUCACUCAUGCCCUAAAUGCAUGCACAUUGGCCCACAAUUUCCCCCCAAAAGGCCUUGAAAUCCAUGCCCAUGUCAUAAAAAAUGGGCACUUCCAUGAUCUUUUCAUCCAAAAUGCAUUGCUCCACUUUUAUGUAACUCAACAUGAUGUUUUCUCAGCUCACAAAGUUUUUGAUUCCAUAAAUUACCCUGAUGUUGUUUCUUGGAGUAGUUUGAUUUCUGGGUUUUCUAAAUGUGGUUUCUUUAAUGAAGCUAUUGAUUUGUUUUUGGAUAUGACUGUUAGGCCUAAUUGUAUUACUCUUGUUAGUGUCAUGUCUGCAUGUUGUGGUUUAAGGUCUUUGAAGCUUGGUAAAGCUGUCCAUGGAUAUUGCUUGAGAAAUGUGGAUGGAUUUAACAUUGUUUGGGGAAAUGCAAUGCUGGAUUUUUAUGUGAGAUGUGGGUCAAUUUUGGCGGCAAAGUAUCUGUUUGUGAAAAUGCCUAAGAGAGAUGUGGUUUCUUGGAGUAUUUUGAUUGGUGGGUAUGCAGAAAGAGGGUAUUGUGAAGAAGCCAUAAGGGUUUUCCAAGAAAUGGUGAAAUCUAAAGAAGCUGAGCCUAAUGAGGCCACAAUUCUGAAUGCAUUAUCAGCAUGUUCAUCGAUUAGUUCUUUGAGUUUGGGCCAAUUUGUGCAUGGUUACAUCAACACCAAAGCUGACCUUUUGGUGAGCAUUGUUGUGAUGAAUUCUUUGACCAAUAUGUAUGUUAAAUGUGGAGAAAUUGGGAUGGCAAUUGAGGUCUUUAAUAAGAUUAAGUACAAAGAUGCCAUCUCAUGGAGUACUAUCAUUAACGGGUUGGCCUUGACCGGUCUUGCAAAACAAGCUUUGCAACUCUUCUCUUUAAUACAUGUCAAUGGGAUCCUUCCUGAUGGUGUAACUUUCAUUGGAGUUUUAUCUGCAUGUAGCCAUGGAGGUCUUGUGGCUCAAGGGCUGAUGGUUUUCAAGGCCAUGUGGAGAAUUCACAAGAUUGUGCCCAAAAUGGAGCAUUGUGCAUGCAUAGUUGACAUGUAUGGGAGAGCAGGGCUUUUGGAGGAAGCUGAGGCUGUCAUUAGGGAGAUGUGUGUGGAUGGACAGGAAAAGGAAGAGGGAUUGAUUUGGGGGGCUUUGUUGAAUGCUUGCAGAAAUCAUGGAAAUGAGGAAAUGUUUGACAGAAUUAAGCAAGAGGUUGAGAAUGUGAAAGGAGUUCGUGUUGGAACUUUUGCAUUGUUGUCAAACACUUAUGUGAGUUUUGACAGGUGGGAUGAGGCUAAUAAGGUUAGAGAUGAGAUGAGAGUCAUGGGGUUGAAGAAGAAGGCUGGUUGUAGUUGGAUUGAAGUGAAUCCAUCAAUCUCUUGA